CGACAAGCAGAUCCAGGAUUUGGGCCUGUUGGAUAGAAUGCUGCCUCAAUUGAUCGAAAAUUAAGGCUCGUAGAUCCCUAUCCAGUGUGAGAGCGUCCUAGAUUCCUAUCCAGUGUGCGAGCGUCCUAAUUGAGUGGGUUCCUUCCAAUUUUAACCAGACAGAACCCAAAGGAGUAGACAGAACCCGCUCAACCACGGAUAGCGACUGACUAGCGUUAAGAGCGGUUGAGUACUUGCGAUCUAGUGCAGGACCCCUGUGGAUCCGAGGGACUGCCGGUUGCGGACACUCUGUGGAAUCUAGUUGCGAUGGUAGCUCGUGGCAGUGCGGCUUUGUCGUGGGACUGGCGCUGCAAAGUGCUCGUGGUAGCAGUAGCCCUUAUUGCUGGCGUCACCGGCCAAGAGGAGCAAUCUUUCGACGAAAAUGAGUCGUCUAGUAGAGCAACGGUAGUAGAAGAGGUUGCGGCACUUCCCGGAGCAGCAUUCUUUGGUGCUAUAUCCAUGCCAUUGACGCUACAGGCCAAGAAGAGCGGAGCAUCAACUGAUGUAGUUGCUAAGCAAGCGAAGACUGCGGCCUCUGAAGAUGUGGCUGAGGCAAUUUGUAGUAGUAUUGCUGCUUCCACCGCAGACAACAAGGAUCCUUCAUCUACAAGUGGCAGUAGUUCCUCGUGCUCGCUGUCUCCUAUGCAGAAGUUUAGUGCCCUUUCCAAGCGCCUUGGAGUUCGAGUCGAGGAUGUAGCAUCGAACUUGGUGGAUUUCACGCGUGAAAGCUUCCCCAGUUUCGAGGCUUUCUGCAAGUUGCUGCCAGUCCAAAAACUCGUGGAUUUCUCUGGCAUUUGGGACGGACUGCAUGCUUUCUCGUCGCCCACAGAGGAGCCGCACACGCGUCUCGCUGCUCUGCGGCUCUGUGUACUACUGCUCCAUCGGGAGGACCACUUUUACCAAACUGUGGUGCGGGAACAGGUGGCGAGAUGGAAGAAAUCCUUGGAUAUGGACGAUAUCGAUUGCGACGAUGACGUGUCAGCAGCGCAGCAAUUUGAUUAUGUUCAAAUAUCCCCAGAUUUCAUGUGAGUAUCACGAUGUUCACGUGCUCUUCUGAAAGGUAGGUCUUUCGAUAAUAUUCAAAUCUCGCGGUCGCGUCUGGGAGUGCAACGAGAAACCUCCCCAUCUCUUCCCCUUCAUUUCCCAGGAUACGAGAAGAGACGUAAGCAUUUUAUUGCACGCUUGCUUGACUGCUUUACGCCAGUUCUCGUGCAAGCAACACGCAGUCCUCCUGAGGCGCCACGACGACGACCCAAAGACCUCAACGACUUGCGCAAAAUGCAGGGUGGAGCAGGAGCCGAUGAGAGCAAGGAACUUCUAAGUGACGAAAGUAAUACAGUAGAGGAUGUCAAGGACAAGGCAGAAGUUGAAACUGCUGCAUCGCCAAAGAAGGCAUUCGACAUGGAUGAUAUCGACGACGACGAUGAUAUCGUGGUUGAAGAGGUUACAGGGUCGGGACUGGGAGCAGUAGAGGGAGAUUCGUCGACGUCUCAACGGGAUCAACAAGCAGCAUUGGCAGACGCAAGUGAAGAGAAUAACAAGAGUUGUACCAGGGAGGACUCUAGUGCAAUUUCCUCACCUGCGCUAGCUACGACACCCUAUUUCAUCGUUGUCCAAGCCCUUGCUGUUUUGAGGGACCUGAUCGUUCCGAAAUUCCAGGGGAUUGAGAUUUUGGGACAAGGUGUGUGGCACAUGAGUGGAAGCGACCUACUAAGCUAUGUGCCAGAGGCGUUGUUUUCGGCACUCUCCUCCUUGGUGACGGACGUGGAGCACUACAAACGAGUGUCGCGGAGUCUGGAGCAGCAGGAACGGAUCGCACUGAAAAAGAGCGCCGAUGACGACAUUUCGGCAGUGAAGAUGAAAGAGAUCCGCGAAACGAGCGUCGAAAAGUCAGUGCAAGCACGCUUGUCCGCAGCUGAGUUGCUCUUUUUACUUCUGAGGAGCCGCUUCAACACAAACUGCGUGGCUACUGUCGUGAACAAGAAGAAAACGGUCGUGAAGAAUUAUGGUUUAUAAUUAAAGGAAAUGUUUUUAUUGUGUUAGUAGAGAAAAGGAAAAUAAACGAGGACCUCCAAGAAAUGUGAUUGUCCAAGAGGUUGUUGAAUUUGACUCUCGAUAGACUUAUUCUCGACACCAGUUCUAAUGAAUUGCGCAGCGGACAACGAUUUCACCGAGUGACGCAGGCGACUACGAAUAUCUAAAGAGCGGACACACGCCGAAAGAGGGAUCAAUAUCCAAAGGUGACGAGAUUCUGAUAGUGUCUGCCACAAAGGACCACCCACUAUGGGACUUGCGUUCCAUAUUCCGUCAACUGCGAGGGCUCUUGAAAGGCAAGUACACACCGACAUUGGAGCCGAUGUUCGUGCGGCCUACGGCGCCACAAAUCUUUCUCUUCGCGUCCGAAAUGAUGCGGAUGUUUCUGCAGGCUCCGGCUCGCUUAUGAUGGUGUUUGAUAGUUUUAUACAGAAUUCUUUUUCGGCAUUCAUUACAGCAACGUUCUAUAUGAAGCUAUGUGAAGGAGACAGGCGGUACUGCAAAACUAUUUAUUUGACCACUGGGAGCAUGAGCAAGAGGACUUAUCUUUCCGUGGUCAGACGGGCCGUAAAGAACCUAGUAAAAAGAGUCUUCCAGCACAUUCGUCUCUAACGGAAGGCGCCAAGCAUGGAGUGCGUGCGCAGUUAUAUGACGAUGCUGCGAGACAGAUGCUGACAUUGGAGACACCGACAUUCGAUGACCUGGAGAGGCGCAUCAUCGAAGCCGAGGACUUCUUCCAAAUCACGACUGACGUCGUCCUACAGCUCAUGGGCCUAAAUCUCAGCCUGCCACCAGUCCCAAAUAGUCCGCUCACGCCUUUAGUUUCGUCGGCCAAUCAGGGAUCUUCGGUGGCCACUAUCUAUGAUGGGCGGACCUGAUGAUAACGUUUGUCUAAUUUUUUUCUAGGUCCUAACCGACAUGGUUCGACCUGUACGGUAGUCAUGAUCAUUAUCACUACUUAUAUCUCUAGUAACGGUGCCAUGAUCAGGGAUACACACAUACAACUCAGACCCAUACAGGAGGAAUACAGCAGAUUGGAUUUUGGUCAUCUCGAAGAAGUUUGUGUCUUACGGGACCAGCACUAUGAUAAAUGUUUUCUGGUCACCAGUUCUAAACCAGCCAGCAACAGCAAGCGGCGAAGCGCGCAACGGAGAGCAUUGAAUACGGCAUGGAGGAAAGCGUACUUGGCGAUGGCCAGAUGAGUAUGGAGCCGGUACCAGUUGGCUGGCUCACAGACUACGAAAAGCGAAUGGCAAAAGAAAACGCAGUACAUGCUAGAACGAAAUCAGCCUCAUCUUAAGAAUCACUGUACUUCAUUUCCAAAGGCAAUCCUUCUCUUUUUUUUUCUUGGGAUCUUCAGGAGAGGACGAUAAGCCUAAGAAAUGGAUCGUUUUGAGCUCUAAUCUUCCUCUUUCUCGACCAAGGGCAACAAGUCCUCCGACUGUUGCUCUGAACCAGUGACGCUGAUUAUGCUGCAAUCUGAAGACUGUCUGAGGUGGAACGCGGGACUGUCUUUGUACAAACUGAUUUCGGAGCUAACCAAGAUCGACCCAACGCACUUGCUGACGGCGGCACACAGAUGGGAGAACGAAGGCAAGCAGGGUCGCAUUGGCUUAGUCAAGCAUCUGAUAACCUCUCUCGAUCUGAUGAGCAUGAAAUGAUCGAAUUUGAAUUUCAGAAAUUAAUUUUUGGUGUAAUAGAAUCUCAUUGUGAUGAUCAUGAGGCGGUUCGUACCCUGACGAGGUACUUCUAAACACGGGAGAAAGCCAAGAAAGGGAGAUGAUCGCUAAAAUGAAGGUACUCUUCCAUGACCGUAUGGACCUGAUAAAGACAUCGAUUUGAAGCAUGAGAGUCACAUUCAUCCCAGAAAGAUCUAAAUUUUAGUUUUUUCCACGAGUUAUCCUUAUCGUUAUGUAGAUAAUCGUUCUUCUCAGGACUGCUAGGACUGCGUAGCGCUCGCAGGAAGAUCAACAACCUGUGCUGUCAAAUCGACACUCGUCAAGAAUGACUACUUUCUGACGGAUCAAAAGCAACCUCCAAGCUCAGCUCACACACGGAGACGUGAAAACAUCGCGUCUCGUACGUACCUACUUGUAUCUUGGACUUAUUUGGAUGAUCUCGAGAGUCAAAUCUAAACCUGAGAUGGAAAGGUGGGUGAAAAAAUAAUUAGACCCUUGAGAUCAAAGUACAGGUUCAAAGUCGUGUUGAAAGUUGG